ACUUUUAUUUUGCUUUCUAUCAUUGAAUAUACCUAGGUUCCUGACUGAAGGAAUCGUUGAUCCACUGCUACCAGAUAAGAAAGCCCGUUAACCUAAAGCUUCUUUUAUUCCAUCCAGAUCCAUUUGACUUAUUUUCAAAGUGAAACAAUGUUUUGAAUGUAGCGUUACGUUAUGGCUUGCUCUACUACUGUGAUACUAAACACUGACAUUUUUGCGUUCAACAAUUAUCCUACCUGAUGAUGAAUGACUACGUCAAUAAAAUUGAACCGGAGAACACAAAGUAUUCGUUAUUUCAAUUACAUCCAAGUUCAUGUACUGCUAUGGAAACUGAAGUGGAGAUAACAGCCAUGUGUUCAUUUUCAGACUUACUAUUUAUUGGAACAAGCAAGGGUUUAGUAUCUCAAUUGAUUAUUCAAGAGUUGUAUGACAAUAAAACAUCAUUUUGUUUCAGUAAUGUUCUAUCAAGGAGAAUAUUUACUAAGCCUAUUUCAAGGCUUGAAAAUUCUUCCAAAAAAACAACACUUUCUAUUUUCAGCGAUGAAAAUCUUACCUUAUGUAACGCGGAAAAACUUGAGAUCAUGAAUUUUAUUCCAUCUUUCAAAGGCGUUUCAUCAUUCCAUUUGUGCUCUUUCGAUGAUGAAAAAGAGAAGCUGUGCAUAGGAUUUAAAUCGGGUUUAAUCCAACUACAUCAUAUUUUUGUAUCAACAUGUAUGCUUGUUUUUGAAACCAGGUUAACAGAAGUUCCACAGUCUCUUUGCAUCUCACCACAAUUUUUAUGUGUUGCAUCGGACAGUAGUUACAUAUCAAUAAAUUUACGUACAAACAGUACUACAGAGUUAUUGCGUUCAGUAAAAGAACCAGUACGAAAUUACAUAGUCUAUUUUACUCAGAAUGAAUUUAUUGUUUCUGGUCCAGGAUCAUUGGGUAUUAUUGUCGAUGCUAAUGGUGUAUCUCAUCGUGCACCACUUCAAUUAUCACCAAAUAUAGUAGAAGUUUUUGUGUGGACAAAUUAUUUCUUCACUAUUACUGACGAAUUUUUUACCAUUCACAACAUCUUGACACAAUCUCAGAUACAAACAAUAAAUCUUCAAAAGCCAUCUGUAGCUUGUUUUUCUGCUGAUGCUCAUUUGCUAUACUUUACUGGAACAUCUGACUGUAAUACUGACACUACAUCCAUCAGAAAUAUUCAAGUCUUAGGACCAGAACGUUGGGAUUUGAUUGCACGGAGGUUCAUCUUAACUGGUUGUCUUAAACAAGCUUUCCUUGUACAACAACAAGAACGAAAUCGUCUUACUCAAGCCAUGCAGUUGCAAGUUGAGAAAUUCAAACAUGAACAACAAUUAUUCGAUAAGAGACGUCAACGGGUACUUGGACUUUUAGGAUUUUAUCAUUUUGAAAAGGGCGAACUAGAUAAAGCAGCUUCCUACUUUGAACAGAGCACUAUAGACAUACGUGAAAUUCUGUUUCGGUAUUCUGAUCUCUUGCCAAAAGGUUGUUAUUUUAUGCCAAAUUGGUUUUACAAACUACAUCAGACUAAUCCCGAAGCUAAUCAUGAUAAUGACGAUAAUGCUCAAACGUCUGGAAUUAAUUUGACUAGUGAUUUGUGCAUUUUAAGAGCUGCAGAAGAUUCAGAUAAUGAUGAUCAUGAUCUAACAAUUAGUUCAUCAUGGUUAUUAAAAUAUGAAGAAUUCCUUUUCAACUUUUUGCGUAAACAUCAUAAAAGUAAAUUUGUUGAGAAGCAUUUACAUUUUGUAGAAACUGCUUUAGUUAAACUGUACGUUCGAUUACAACAGGCUGGUAUUCAACCAUAUCCCUAUGAAUUAAUCAUUGAUACGUCUUCUAGUGAUUCUCAGUCAGGUGAAGGUGGUCUCACUAAGUCAACUAACAAUAAUAAUCAAGGUUUAGUUGAUCUGAUUUCAAGCUUGAUACACAUUGACGUGGAAGAUUUAACUGUCUACUUAGAAAAUAAUAAUGCUUACCAUGCUUUGGCGCUUAUUUAUCGUUGGCAAGGUAACCUUUCAGGUGCAUUGGAAAUAUGGCGAAAACUAGUUUACAAUGAACUAAAUGAUUCAAGUUUUCCAGGAGUAGAAUUUUAUAUUUCUAUACUAUUGGACCUAUCCGCGCAUAAUUCAACUGACUCUCAGAAACAAUCACUUUAUAAGGGAGCGGCUAUUCAUUCGUCAAAUGAUGUAAAUUAUGAGUUCUCUGUUUAUUCUGAAUUAGUUUGGAAUCAUUUUAUGCAAGCUUUAACAACUAAUCAUGAGAUUAUAGCUGAACAGCUCAUGCUACGUUUUCCUAUUCCCUCAAGUUAUGUUAAUUCAUCAUGUGAAUUGUCUGUUAUUGAAGGCAGUACAACCGAAACGUCCUUGGAAAGUAGCCUUGCACCAUCCCAAAUUCUAUCACCUAAUCAUAUUAUUAAAAGCCUUAUUUCUUCAUAUCCAAAUAUGACAAUGACUUAUUUGAAACAUUUGUGUUCUUCUCUACCCAAUUGUCAUCCAGAAAAUCAUAAUCUGUUAGGCAAACUUUAUUUAAAUACCCUAUUAAUGAAAUUAAGGAGUACUGACAAUUUAUCUGAUGAUCAAAUGAAAAAACAAAUCCGUAAAUUGAGAACUGAAUUUUGCCAACUGAUCCGUUAUUCAUUAUUGAUAUCACAUAAAACACUACUGGACCGUUUAUAUAAUGAGAGUGUUGCAGUUCAAAAGAAGCUCGCCUAUGAACUAGCGAUUCUUGAAGGAAAGUCCACAGGCUAUCUUUAGUAUUGCUACGUAAAUUAUCCUCUUAAUUUCUGGAUGAGCGUUUCUAAGCAAGAAUAAGGAAUAAAUUGUGAAGUAAAUUGUAUUCAUUUCAUUCACAUGUUCACUAAUUUGUUCUAAUAAACAAAAUGUUUUAUAAUUGUAAUUGUAAUAUAUAGAUGAAUAUUUUAAAUGUGAAUAAAACCAUGAUGUAAUCGGUGAUAAGAAUCAUUUGCAAGUUUUGAUUACAACAGAUGAAGUGAUGAUAAUGGUAAUAAUUACCGAACAGAAACAACGUUGAAUUAAUUAUAACAGUGGAGAUAGUAAUACUAAUAAUGAUAACAAUAAUUGUGGGGAGAAUAUGAUUAAUGUCCAAUAUAUGUUUUCCUAUUGCACUGCUAGGUAGUUUGGAGUCAAUCAAGAUUAAAUCGUAAUCUUGUUGACAUUUAAGGGAAAGUUAUCGGGGACAAGUUGAGAAUAGUGCACAUAUAAGCAAGCCCAUUUUAGUAAUCUUGAUGAAUAAAUCGUAGUAUACACGGUGAAUGAUUCACUAAAUCCCGUUUUCUCCCAUAGUAAUUCAUUCUGAAGUAAACGUUUACGUUUAUGACGUAUUAAUUUAGCUACAUAUUUUACCACAGAUGUGAAAUUCUUCGAAAAACAGUAUCGAAAUAGUUUGGUUGAUCUGCAGGUGGUGCUAACGUUUAGUUCAACUUUUGUGAGUGAGGACAAUCAUUUAUUAUCAACAUGGAACUUGCUGUAGUCUUUUAAUAGGAUAGACCUAUCUGUUUGGAUUCUGUCCACUUUAAUAUUUUGGUGACCAAUAGGAUUUAGAUUGUAUCAAUCACAAAACAUUCUUAUCAGUACUAAGUGAUGUCAUGGUAAAGAACGGUAAUUAAAAUACGACUAAAUGGUUUGAGAACUGAAUAGUCUGUCGCAGAAAUCCAGCAACAGCACUUUAAAAGAAAAUAUGAGGUAACAGUACAUAUAAAAAAAGUUAUAGAUUACGAAAACAGAUCGAUCCUGGACCAUCUACGUGGAAUAACACAUUAUUAAUAUACGCAUCUGUAAAUGUUAAACUGUGUAAUGGAAAUUUAAAAUAUCUGUAACAUUUACAAUUAUACUAUAUAGAUAUCACCCCCUUUUGAUGCAUUAUAUCCAGUCAAUUGAUAUUAUGCUAAUAAACGAUUCUUUUAUGCUGAGAAGUUAUCAACGUGCCAAGGAGUGGUGGUUUAAAUUUUUGAUGUCUAUGUUGCUUGCUUACUUAAGCUUACUACCCAACUUAGUCUGUCGAGAAAUAUGAAGAGUAGUACACAACUUCAUGGAUUGAUAUAAGGUAGUUUAAUGAUCGAGAAGUAAAAGAGUAAUACUAAGAUAAGACCAAAUGUGUGAAGGAUAAUUAUCCACUUAAGGAGUAUAAGAAGGAUGUCUAAAUUAAAAAAAAACAUGGUGUUAAUAAAAAUGACUAAAGAUUAAAAACAUUAAAAUGAAUUGCCAAUAACCGAUUAAAUGUGUGUGAAAAUUUAGGUAUUAGAGUCAUAGUAUACCUUAUUUGUCGAGAUGGGGUCUGGUUAGAAAAAGUGGGGAAGUGGUCAGUUUAUGACAUGAUGCCCGGGUGUAAAACAAAACUGAACACGACUGAGAUCUUUCAAUCCUUUAUAAUUCUCUGAUUGAGGUCUGAGAGAUGGUGCAAUCUAGUUACUUGAGACUAUCAGAUGUGGCUCAAAAUAGACUUUGGUGUCAGUCCUGAUGUAAUUUAUCUUUCUUUUUCAUAUGAAAGUGAGAACUUUUUUAACUGGAAAGAUUCCUUGUUGUAUUUUUAUGUACUGAACUGCUCAUCCGAUAACAUACUAAUCUCGUUCACUGCUAUUCAUUUAUUGGUAUCUGAUUAUAUUCACCCUUGUUCAUUUAUCCCUUCAUUAUCUCAUACUCUGACUUAUAUGGCCCAUAUUUAUUUUGAUCCCCAUUUAUGUCAUUUUGUACGAGUUCAAAUAAAUGAAUAAAAUGGAUAUUUUGCCAUUUGUUAUUUGAAUUUGUAUUUUUGAAACGCUUAUUUGAUAGGAUUUCACUUACAAUCCUAUUAGUUUACUGAUAAAAUCAUCAACUACUUUGUCAAGUAUUUCUAAAAUUCGAAUCAUGAAAGGAACAUAUGAUGUCUUCACCUUCUAGUCUUAAUCUAGCAGUUAAAAAACAAUCAAAAAAACCUAGAUGAUAUCUACUUUCGGCACUCAGCAUCUUUUAUACAUCUGAAGAUAAUUUUUGUCGCUUACUAACUUCAGCUAGAUAGAGAUUCAAAUCCGGAGUCAUUUGAUCAACUCUUUCAUAUUAUGUGUCUGCCUAACAUUGCACAAAUCUGCGGCUGUACAUGACAUUGAAAUAAAGAACCUUCAGUUUCGUAGCCUACUGUUUUUUUUUUAAAAUCUCCCCAGUCGAUUUCAUUUCUUAAUUAAAAAUUGUCGGUUUGAUUUACAUUUCGCAAGCCAUUUACUUAAACCUACAUAUUUAUUCAAUUCAACAACAUGAGUUUCUUAAUAUUUAGCCUUUUUUGUUGUUGAAAAAAUCUUUUUAAUCAGGCCAAUAAUCAUGUGAAGGCUUUAAAAUAUCUUAUUGAAGAUGUAAAUGAUUAUAAAGCCGCAUUGUACUAUUGUCUUACAUUCAGCCGUCAACAACUUAUUCAUUGUAGUGCACGUAACAAUGAUACUAAUGUAAAAUGUAAUACAAUAGCAGUAAAUUCACUUGGUACUUAUCACCAUUGGAACCAGUUUGAAUUUAUGGAAGGUGAUUCUAGUAAUCAAUCAAUAUCCUCCUUGUUAUUUACAACAUUUGUUGAAAUCUGUCUUGAUAGACUUCGUACUAACGAGAACAAUUCUAAAGAUAUAAAGAAAAUGAUUUUGAAUCUUCUGAAUAAUCCUGAUUUAACAUUUAAUUAUUCAAAGUUAUUAUCUCGUUUUCCAUCAACAUGGAACAUUCUGGAAAUCAAACCAUUUUUACAUAAUGCAUUUCGAUCUACUCUACAAGAAUGGUCAGAACUUCAGUUAGAAUAUGGUUUGACUAAAUAUAAUGCGAAAUUAUCUAUUGUUGAUCUCCCUAACAAAUCACAUUUUCUAUUAAUUAAAGAUGAUACUUUGUGUUCUGUAUGCCAUCAAUCAAUUUGUGUAUAUGGUCCAUCUGAUAGUUUUGCUUGGCUUAUUCCUAAAAACCAAGUUGUUCACACUCACUGUUUGUCAUCUAAUCAAUGAAUAAAAUCUAUGCUUAUGUAAUUCCUUUUUCCUCUAAUUUAUUUUUGUACUUCUGUUGUUUGCCUAGUGUUUUCUUAUUUAUUGAUUUUGUUUUUUCUUCUAUCCUGUUGAUCAUUAAAGUCAUUCAAACCGACAAACUGUUCUGCACUAUAUUUACUUAACUUUCUUUUUCUUUGUUUAAUGUACAUAUUUACAUGUUUUCUAUGAGCUAUUACGUUUUCUUGUAUUUAUAUAUACAUAAUAUUAACAACUUGGUACUUGAAAAGAAUGUCCACUCUUGUCAUGCCUGUUGAACAAUUUAUAAGCCAUCUGAAUUCAGUAGCAUAAUAAAUGAAGCAUUUAAAUUUAGA